CAAACCUUUCAAAGCCUUAUAUAUUGCACCCAGUUACAUUUUUUGUUCACUCAACCCAUUGCUUAGAGCAGAAAUGACACUAUCCGCCAUAUUCCAAGACUCCUUCCUCCUCAAACAGGGCCUUGUCGCCGUUCUCCUUCUUAUCAUAACACGCUAUGUCAUCCGUUUUCUCUUCAGGAAAUCAAGACCCCCGCUCCCUCCAGGACCACAUGGGUUCCCUAUCGUCGGCGCCCUGCCCCUCAUAGGCAGCAUGCCGCAUGUCAGCUUCGCCAAAAUGGCCAAAAAAUACGGGCCAAUCAUGUAUCUGAAAUUCGGAAGUCAAGACAUGGUGGUGGCCUCAACCCCGGAAGCCGCUAAAGCCUUCCUCAAAACCCACGAUCUCAAUUUCUCAAGCCGUCCCAUCGAUGCAGGCGUCCACCAUUUGGCCUAUGAUGGACAAGACAUGGUUAAUGCUGAAUAUGGACCAAGGUGGACAUUGUUGCGGAAAGUUUGUAAUACUCAUAUGUUUGGUAGCAAGGCCAUCGAGAAUUGGGCUCAUGUUCGCGUCUCUGAGGUUGGCCUCAUGCUUCAGGAUAUGCUGGAGGCGAGCCGGAAAGGCGAGCCGGUGUUGAUGCCUACAAUGUUAUCAUAUCUCACGGCGAACGUGAUCGGCCAGGUGGUGCUCAGCCGUCGUGUUUUUGCUACAAACAGUUCGGAAUCGAACGAUUUUAAGGUUCUGGUGGUGGAGAUGAUGAAGUAUGCAGCGGUUUUAUUAGUGAAGGAUAUUAUCCCGGCCUUGGGUUUCUUGGACAGAGGAACCGAGCGGAAAAUGAAGAAAUUACACAAACAGGUCGAUGCAAUGAUAACGAAAAUGAUUGAGGAACAUAUUGCGACGAGUCAUGAGCGUAAAGAACACCCUGAUUUGCUUGACGUUAUUUUGACUUACCGUGACAAGCCAGAUGGUGAGAGACUUAGCAUCGAAAACAUUAAAGGACUCCUCCUGAACUUAUUUGUGGCCGGCACGGAUACAUCAUCAAGCAUCGUCGAAUGGGCACUGACCGAGAUGUUGAAAAACCCAACCAUUUUCAAGAAGGCACAAGAGGAGAUGGAUCAAGUAAUCGGAAGAGACCGAAGGCUCGAAGAAUCUGACAUCCCAAAACUCCCAUACUUACAAGCCAUAUGCAAAGAAGUCUUAAGAAAACACCCAUCAACACCGCUCAACCUGCCUCGCCUCGCAUCCGAAGAUUGCGUUGUCAACGGCUACUUCAUCCCCAAAAACACUAGGCUCCAAGUAAACAUCUGGGCAAUCGGACGCGACCCUGACUUGUGGGAGAACCCAUUAGAGUUUACACCAGAAAGGUUUUUGACAGAGAAGAAUAAGAAGAUUGAUCCGCGAGGAAACGACUUCGAGUUGAUCCCAUUUGGAGCAGGAAGAAGAAUCUGUGCUGGAGUCAGAAUGGGAAUGGUUCAAGUUGAGUACGUUUUGGGAACUUUGAUUCAUUCGUUUGACUGGAAAUUACCAGAGGGAGUUAAAGAGUUAGACAUGGAGGAAAUUUUUGGUCUCACACUGCAAAAAGCGGUGCCUCUUUCAGCCAUGGUUUCCCCAAGACUUGCCCCAAAUGCUUAUGUUUAACAACUGAUUAUAAUCAAGCUCCAUAAUUAAUCGGGCUGAAACGGGCAGAGCUUUGAUUUCACGUUUGUUUAUCAGGAGGAUCAUCUCACCUUCUUCCUGCGUUUUAUUCUUUUAGUUUUUUCUCCAGAAUAAUUUAUAUUUGCUUGUAAUCAAUCUUGUAUCUUCUACUUAAAAUAAUGAGAUACCAAUGUUCUUCAUGAUUAA